GCUAGGUGGCGGCGAUGCGCCCGAAGGCUUGAAGGAGGAAGCGCGACGAGCGACUCUCGCACUCUCAGCUCAGCGGCACGUCGACAGCCGACAAGCCGACACUCGCCGGCAAGCAACAAGUCCGCUUCGUCCGUCGGUUCUUCGCAGAUGGCGGACGAGAGCACGCGCGCGUCGGUGUCUCGGAUCCCGCUGCUCAAGACGCACGCUGGCCCGCGGGAGCGCGCGCUGUGGCCGCAGCGCCUCAAGGAGGAGUACCAGGCCCUCAUCCGCUUCGUGGAGAACAACAAGGCGGCCGACAACGACUGGUUCCGGCUCGAGUCCAACGCGGACGGCACGCGCUGGACCGGCACGUGCUGGUUCGUGCACGAGCUGCUGCGCUACGACUUCCGCCUGGAGUUCGACAUCCCCGUCACGUACCCGGACACGGCGCCGGAAGUGGCGCUGCCGGAGCUGGACGGCAAGACGGCCAAGAUGUACCGCGGCGGCAAGAUCUGCCUGACGGACCACUUCGCGCCGCUGUGGGCCCGCAACGCGCCGCGGUUCGGGCUGGCCCACCUGGUGGCGCUCGGACUCGGGCCGUGGCUCGCCGUCGAGGUCCCGGACCUGAUCGCCAAGGGGCUCGUGGUGCACAAGGAGCGGCCGCCGCAGUGACGGCAUCGCCGCUGACGUCACAAUUCCGACCUGUCGUCAUCGAAUAAAACCAGCAACUGCA